UGCCAAGAUCUGUGUUGGAAAGCGGUGGCGGUAGAGUUGCCAUCGUCCAGCUGUUGGGUAUUUUUUAGUGCCUUUUCGGCGAAGUUAAGUUGGCUGCGAUUUACCCCACUUCCUUUUCCGUGUUAGCUGUGAAAGAAAAAACAUGCCGCUAGCAAAAGAUCUUCUGCACCCUCUGCCCGCCGAGGAGAAGCGCAAGCACAAGCUGAAGCGCCUGGUCCAGCACCCCAACUCGUACUUCAUGGACGUGAAGUGCCCCGGCUGCUACAGGAUCACCACCGUCUUCAGCCACGCCCAGGGCGUCGUGGUCUGCGCCGGAUGCGCAACCAUUCUGUGCCAGCCAACUGGAGGACGCGCCAAGCUGACAGAAGGCUGCUCUUUCCGCAGGAAGCCACAGUAAAAUGGGACUCGCGAUGAACCACAAAUUAUUAAUUUUUUAAUAAAAAUCUAUAAAACGUAAAGAAACCACAGAA